GUGCUGCUGACUGACAGUGAAUAAAGUGGAAAGAAAAAAUAUUGGUCAAGAAUAUCCUGCUUAUUUUUUGUAAGUUUAGAUAGCCCCAUAGGUUCCACAGCCAGUUCAGUCUAUUCAAAAGUGUUCCUGUAAAGUGCAAGAUGUGAUCAAGUUUUCUUACCGCUUCAUUCAUCAUAACUCAAACUGACGAGAUCUGACCUAGAUAUUAAACUGGAUUUUACACCUUCUAAAUAUGGUCUUCCUUCUUUGUAAAUAUGUUUAUGUCUGUCUACAUGUAAUUGUGACUUGCGCAUAAUGUUCUAAGAAAUGAUAUCAUAAAUUUUAUUUUAAGGCUGUGUCUUCAAAGCUUGCUAGCUUUGGAUAGCCCUACAUGCCUAAUGUAUUUGUUUAUUCUUUUCGUCAGACAAGCAGUGGUUUUACUUCAGUUUUAAUAUUUUAUAUAUCUUGUUGGGAUUCAUAUUUAAACUUGUAAAUCUAGAGAAUAUUACCGUCGAAUUACCUGGAUUUAAUUGGCCUGGAAAAUGCCAGUGAAAAGAUUUCGUGGGGAAACUUAUCUACGAUCUCCAGGUGGUGAAAUACAUUUAAGCCUGACCAUAAAUGACGACUCAGUUUCAGAAUCAGAUGAUGACAGUUUGCAUGGAAGGGACAUGAAACCAAGCGAGGAUAAUAUUCGCCAGUUGAUAGCUGAGGCCUACCAAAGUCUAGAAAAUGGCAGUGUUCAUACAGAGGUUAAGAUCAAGGAGGUGUGUUCCUUAUAUAGUUCCCUGACAUCCUCGGAGAAGUUGCUCUUCCUCCACGUGCUGGGGACAGAGUUCAGUGCGGAUCAUAACAGCGUAGUGCCAUUAGCUGCCCAGGUCGGAGCAUUCCAUGAUAUUCAGGAUCGAGAAAGUGAAGCAUUCCUCAGACUAGAAGAGAGAUUGAAAGCAGCGUUAACACCAAAAUAUCACAAACUCUUCAUGCAGAUUGGUAGGAAUGAUGGUGGUGUCAAGUUUCUUGUCGAUAUGAGGGCUGACAUAUUAGUGAUCCUGUCCCAGAUCAAUGCCAGUCAAGAACAUUACUACCUCAAGUCAAUGUGUGGUGUACUAAAAGAAAUGGUUGCCUUAUUAUUUGCACCGGACUACCUUCAGCUAACUCGAGUCCAAUGGGAAUCUCCGGGAGAUGUCAUCAAAAAGAUAUCUGAAUAUGAGGCCAUAAAUCCCAUCCGCAGUGUGGAUGAUCUCAAGCGUAGAUUCGGACCAUACCGACGGUGCUAUAUCUUUACUCAAAGUCGUAUGUCCAGUGAGCCAGUGAUUGUGUUGCAUACUGCUUUGACACAAGAAAUAUCAAGUAAUAUACAGACGCUUAUAAACAACGAUGCUGGAUUCUCAGAAUUUGGAGCGCAGUCCAACGGCCAUUUUGAGGACACCAGCAGAAUUACUACGGCUGUUUUUUAUUCCAUUACAUCAACUCAGAAAGGCCUGCAAGGAAUUGAAUUUGGCAACUAUCUCAUCCCACGAGUCAUCUCAGAACUGAUGCAGGAGUUUCCACGGUUACGUCACAUCGUCAGCUUGUCGCCAUUACCGGGCUUCCGAGAUUGGUUGGUUGCCGAGCUGGGGAAGCUGAAGCAUUUGAACCAAAUUGGGGAAUCUGCCCAUACUGUGUUAUUCACUGCCGCCGAGUUGAAGAACCUGGCACCUUUCUAUGGGAGUGCUAAGGACACGUGUCUUGAUGGUCUGCACAAGGCUCUCAAGGAUCACAGCUGGUUAAAGAUGAUGGACCUCGUACAGGUGCUGAAGGAGCCACUAAUGAGGCUGUGUAUACGAUAUUUGUAUAUUGAGAAGAGGAGAGGAUAUGCUUUGAAUCCCGUCGCCAAUUUCCAUUUGAGGAACGGGGCGAUGGUUUGGCAGCUGAAUUGGAUGGCCGACCCUAGUCAACGAGGGAUGAAUGCCGCAUUCGGCAUGAUGGUUAACUACAGAUACAUUCCAGGAGAAACAGAGAAAUAUAGUCGGGAAUACAUAGAAAACAAACUGAUUGAAAUAUCUGACAAUGUCCUACCAUAUGUGAAAGCACUCCAGGAGAUUUCUCGGAAAGACGCUCACAAGAAAUCUUGACAAAUGGAAGUGGAUGAUUAAUUGCCGUCGGAACUGCGCACAGCACGUUUCAAAAAAGUUCUGUGAAGUGCCAAUCUUGGGUUAUCUUGGAAGUGACAAUUCCUUCGAAAGCUUUUCCAAAUCGCUGAGCUUUCCUUAAGUCAUGAAAUUCUCACAGAUGAUUAUAUAUUACAGCCAAAAAAUUCUUAUCUCAACAAAUGAGUGGUUUUGUAGUACCCCGGUACAUUGUGAACAUCCAAGCAUUUCUCUGUUGCACAGCUGGCGGGCAGAAAAAAGUUGAGGUAACCGAUGGUCACCGCCUGGAACUACACCAAACAUUUUUGAAGUGAUCCUGUUGGAUAAGUUAGGUCGUCAGUUGACUUGACUAUGGUAGUGAACACAGUAAACGAUUUUAGUCUCUUUCACAGUAUUCUUUUUAAUAGCGGAAAUCGCCUUAAAUAUAUGCAAGUGCCAUGAUAGUUAUAUUUUGAUAUGGACGUAUGAGUUGUCCAUUGUGAGGCAGAGAUCUGAGCUUCGAGUAAAACUUCUUCUGAUUUAUUUGUGAACAUUAGGUGAUUUAGACUUGUAUGGGGCCAUUCUUUUUAGGUUUGUGGUGUAACUUGGAGUUAUUCUGGUAAAACCAGGUUGUUUUCUGUUCGAUUUAGGCUGCUGAAGUUCUUUUCUUUUGAAGUUCUUUUCUUUGAUAAGAAUUGCAUUAGGGCCGACCAGAUGUCUUGAAAUUUUAUAGCUAACCUGCUAUGAGUCUGUCAUGUAGGACAAGAAUCAUUUUGAUUGUUCAUCUGAUAUUGUUCUCAAGGUAAUAUCCAUCUAACCAUUUUGUACUAAAGGCAUGAUUCAUUAUUCAAUCUCAAUCAUUCAUUCUGUUCGAUGUCAAGAUGCAUUUAUUUUUCUUCCUUUAACGUCGAAUAAAGAGACAUGUACCAUUGUAAUAAUCUCAUGCUAUUAUAAACUCGCUUGGCGAUGCUCUUCCAUUCACACCACCGUGCUCAUUAAUGCCAUUGCUUUAUGCAGUAGAACUAGUAGAAUAAAACUUUUGCCCCAGUGCCAUUUAGUAGUGAUGCUCAGUUAGUGAUGAUAAAUGGACAACUUCUGGGCUGAGCCUGUUUGACCCUCAGGGUCACUGUGCACUCGGUUGAGUGGUGUUAAAGGGGAACUAAAGCAGGAGCCAGAGGGCCUGAUUAGUGGUCUCCAGGAGAUUAAGAUGCACAGAAAGGGAACUCGGUAUUGUUUGACUUGGUGAUGAAGAGAUGCCUUGGUGCUGUCAACUCUUUCACCAGUCUCUUCCACCUUGAGGGUUGAGGUAUCCUGGACUGUUGGUGCUGAAAUACUGUAAGAGGAGACACCUGCUUGUAAUACAUUUGAGUUCUCAUGCCAUCAGCUGUGGGCUACCCCCUGACUGAGCAUAAUUGAGAGAUUGGUGGAGCUGAAAGUGAAUUGUAUGUCCUGUUGACCAUUCUGGCCUUGAUUGACAUGAAAAUAGGCUUUUGUUGUCUCGUCAUGUGAUCAUGUUGUAGAAUCAGAGUUGUACAUGUAUAAAAAGUCACUUCAUAUCCGUAUCAGGGCCUUUCAUUUGGGAGUUGGCAGCAUUAUUUUGGGUUGCAGUGGACUUCACCUGCUCUGUGACUGUCAGUGUCAUACCAAUACUUAACAAAGUUGAAACUUUCAAAGUUUGUUGCCAACUUUCAAUGAAAGGUGCCCCUGUAAAUACAAAUGUACGUAUUUAAACUAAAGCUAUUAUCACCUUGAUAAUGUCCAGAUAUUUUUAUGAUAAACCUGUGUCAUAUUAGUUGUUAACUACCAUAAAGUUUGUGUAUGAAUAAUUAUCAAUAAAAUGCGCUGAAUAUUA